AUGGUCGAGCAGUUUGAUCCAUUUGCCGACGUGCGCAAGUUUGCGUAUUCGGGGACGGUCCGCGCUGCCUACCCGCUGAGCCCUAGGCCCAAGGUCCCGUCGCACAUCCGGCGCCCGAACUAUGGCCGUGAAGCUCUAUUUCCCUCGCGCCGGAUUCGGGUGAACAGCACGGAAGAGCAGGAGGGCGUCCGUGUGGCCGCGAAGCUCGCGCGCGAGUCGCUCGACCUGAUCGGCGCAAUGGUGCGGCCUGGCAUCACGACAGACGAGAUUGACCAGGCGCUGUUCAAGGCGGCUGUCGAGCGGGGGUGCUAUCCGAGCCCCCUCGGGUACCACGGCUACCCCAAGAGUGUGUGCACGUCGGUGAACGAGGUCAUUUGCCACGGUAUUCCUGACCAGCGCAAGCUCGAGGACGGCGACAUUAUCAAUCUGGAUGUGACGUUGUAUCACAAUGGUUUUCAUGGCGACUUGAAUGCGACGUAUCCUGUGGGUGACAAGGCCCGCGCGAACGCGGACCUGAUGAAGCUGAUCCGCACGGCUCGGUACGCGCGAUGCACUGACCGCAGCGAGUGUCUGGACGCCGCGAUUGCGAUUUGUGGCCCUGGCAUGCCAUACGCGGAGGUGGGCCAUGUGAUACAGCCGAUCGCUGAGCGCAACGGCUGCUGCGUCGUGAGGAACUACACGGGCCACGGCAUUGGCCGCGUGUUCCAUGGGCCGCCACCCGUGUACCACUACCCCACGAAAAAGUCCUACGGUACGAUGCAGCCUGGCCACUGGCGCGACAUCGAGUGGCCCGACGACUGGACGAUCGCGUCGAGGGACGGCUCGCCGUCGGCGGCCGCGGAAGAGACCCUCCUGAUCACAGAUACGGGCGUCGAGAUCCUCACCGCUCAGGGCGGGCCCCGUGUGCUCGACACGACCGAGGCACGCGAGCGCCACCUCGCUGCGCGCCGCGCCACCGCGCCCAGUGCGGCGCCGCUCUCGGUGAUUUUGCGUCUCUACCACAUUGCCUGUAAGUGGCGCCGCCGGCCUCACACGCAGAUUAUGACGACUAUCGCUCCCAUCAAGGGCAUGAUCCGCAAGCGCCUGACCCUCGACCUUACGGUCAGUCUCGGCGGUGGCAUUCUCGCCGCCUGCGCCUUCUGGUACGGCAGCCACAUUCCUCGCGUGCAGCAGCGUGAUGCCUUCUACGCGAAGCUGAACGCCGAGAAGCAGGCAUAA